AUGUCCGCAAACCAAAACCAAACUCAGUCUGCUGAUUCAAUCGAAAUCAAGCAAGAAGGUGAAAUCAAGCAAGAGCCAGUGUCUGUCGACGAAGUGGUUGAAGUGUCGGAAUCGACUUAUCACAAUCUACGAUGUGUUCCUGGUUUCAAUGAUCGUGACGUUGAAUAUGAUUUCGAUCACUUGAACGAGGUAGACGCUAAGGUCAAGGUGAAGAAAGAAUGUGAAGAUAACAAAGAAGAAGACUCGAAAAUGAAUGAUGACUCAAAAGAAGAAGCUACGGGCAGUCAGCAGAAUCAGCGGCAGCCACUGCCACACGGUGAAGGCGGUUUCAUCGCCCCAGAAAGUGAUGCAAGUGGACGCGAUACACAGAAACGAGGUGACAAUGCUUAUGUAAAUCAAACGAAGAAACAUAAAUGCUACAUUUGCAUCUAUUCAACGCGAUGGAAUGGUGAUUUAAAUAAGCACAUGCUGAAACACACUGGCGAAAAGCCACAUGGGUGCGAUUUCGUUGAAGAGUUUCUGUUCCAUUGCCCGGGCUGUUUGCAAGGAUUCGGUGGAAAAAACGAAGAGGAAGCACACGAAGUCAAGUGCAAGACUCGUCGCUACGAAUGUCAUUUGUGCAAGGAUUCGUUUGGAUCAAUGAAGGGGAAUAUGAUGAAGCACAUGCGUGUGCACAGCGGUGACAAACCAUUCCAAUGCAACGAAUGCUUUAAGCGAUUCGUACAAAAAAGUCAUCUUAAGGAACACAUGAAGGUAAAUGUGAUUGAUCACAUGCGCACCCAUUCAGAAGAGAAACCAUUCGAAUGUGGCUCAUGUCGCAAGACAUUUUCAUCGCGAUGGAGUUUGAAACAGCAUUUAAAAAAAAAUCAACACAAAACAUUCUGA